GCUGGCGAUGGCGGCGCUGCUGGCGCGCGGGUUGGCGCGUGCCUGGGUGGCGCGGGCGCGCGCUGGGCAGCUGCCCCCGAGCGGCCCCUGUGCGCGGUGCCCUCCCCACGCGCGCCGUGACAUCCCCGUGUAUCCCCAGCGCUGCCGCUGCGUGUCCGGCGGGCAGGACGGGGAGGUGGGCAAAGCGCAGCGGGCGGCCAACGAGGCGGGCACGGAGGCCACCAUCUUCAGCCGGAUCAUCGCCCGCACCGUGCCGGCCACCAUCCUGUACGAGGAUGAGGAGUGCCUGGUAUUCCGCGACGUAGCUCCUCAGGCUCCCGUCCACUUCCUAGUGAUCCCCAAGCGCCCCAUCCCUCGGCUAAGCCGCGUGGGGCCGCAGGACGCGCAGCUCCUGGGACACCUGAUGGUGGUGGCAGCGCGCACUGCUCAGGCAGAGGGGCUGUCUGACGGAUACCGGCUGGUCAUCAACGAUGGGAAGCACGGUGCCCAGUCUGUGUACCACCUGCACCUCCACGUGCUGGGUGGGAGGCAGAUGAACUGGCCGCCCGGCUGAGGUCCCCCUGCCCCCCCGGGUCACCCCACAAUAAAGUUUCUUGGGGACACACUGUGGA